AUGGGAAGCUUGAAAUCCGACAGCGUCGCUCCCUGGGAGCUUGCGAGCGCAAAGAAGCGCAAAGCUCUCUUAUCUACUUUCCCCUCGGAAUGGUGCGUUCCAAAACACCUUCUGCCACCGGAGUCCCAGAAAGAUGUCACGACAUGGCCCGAAACGUCCGGCUGGUUCACGGAGACGGAGCUCGCCAUUACCAACAGCACAGCUGCCGAGUUACUCCCGAAACUUGCCUCGGGCCAUCUCAAAUCCUCAGAUGUCACCAGAGCAUUUUGCAAGAGAGCCGUUGCAGCGCAUCAGUUAACAAACUGCUUGUCCGAAACCUGUUUUGAUCGCGCUUUCGCUACGGCUAAAGCACUUGAUGAGCACCUGGAGCGUACGGGGACGCCCCUGGGCCCUUUCCACGGACUGCCAAUCUCGUUGAAGGACAACUUCAACCUCAAAGGCUUGGACGCUACAGUGGGAUUUGCCUCUCAUGUUGGCAGCCCUGCCGAGUAUGAUGCUGUUCUUGCAACCCUUCUCGAAGAAGCUGGCGCGGUAUUCUAUGUCAAGACCAACGUCCCAACGGCGAUGAUGAUUGCUGAGUCUGUUAAUAACGUCUUUGGAAGGACGGUCAACCCUAGGAACAGGGAUUUGACUAGUGGUGGAAGCUCGGGCGGAGAGUCUGCCUUGAUUGCGAUGAAGGGUAGUCCCCUAGGUAUCGGAACUGACAUUGGUGGCUCCCUGCGUAUCCCGGCAGCAUGCACCGGUAUCUUCACUCUCCGACCUUCGUUCGGCCGCUUCCCAACCCUAGGCUGCCGUUCUGGCAUGGGCGGCCAGGAAGCCGUCCAAUCCGUGAACGGUCCUAUGACACGUACAAUCACGGAUCUUGAACUUUACAGUAAAUCCGUCAUCAACCGCCAAACAUGGUGUUACGAUCCGCGAUGUGUUCCCAUUGCAUGGCGAGAGGUUGAGCUCCCGGCAACGCUGAGGAUCGCUGUCAUGUGGGAUGACGGCAUAGUCCGGCCAACUCCUCCUGUUACGCGAGCUCUCCGCCUGACUGUUGAUAAGCUGAAGGAAGCCGGUGUCGAAAUAAUAGACUGGGAUCCCAAGGAUCAGGAGCAGGGAGUGAGCCUGCUGAAUCGCAUGUUCGUCGCAGAUGGCGGUAUCUCAAUUAAGAAGGAGUUGGAUAAGACGGGAGAGCCGUGGAGACCUGAAAUGGCGGCCUACUCGCUGGCAAAGGAACUGGGGACGUAUGAUAUGUGGCAACUGCAUUUGGAACGGACCGCCUUCCAGAAGCGAUAUCUCGAUCGCUGGAAUGCGGCGGGCAUCGAUGCGAUUUUGUGUCCUACGACGCCCUUUACUAGUGUCAAGAACGGCACCUUCAAGCAUGUCGGAUACACGGGCGUCUAUAAUGUCCUUGACUAUUCUUGUGUCUCGUUCCCCACCGGCUUGUCCGCGGACGAAAGCCUGGACUUGGUUACCCCGACAGAGAAACCUCUCGGGCCUGUGUGCGAGGCUAUUUCGGCUGAGUAUGAUGCCAAUGCUGUUCACGGAAUGCCCAUCAGUCUUCAGCUUGUUGCGAGCCGCCUCGAGGAAGAGAAGGCGAUAGCUAUGGUUAAGCACAUUUUAAACAUCAUUUGA